GGGUGAGCUCGUCAGCUGCCCUUGAAACAAGCCCAGACACGCGUGGAACGAGUCGGCCUCCCUCCCUCCCUCCCACCCCCGGCGGCCGGAGCAGACUGGGGCCGCGCGUCUCCGGCGGGGGCUCCGCUGCGCUCAGGCGGGGCCGGGGGUAAAGGAAUAUCCGGGAGAGUUACUCCACGUCUGUGCCGGCACCUCCUCACCCCGGCAGUGUACGGCCGGCAACGCGGCUCACAUCCACCCCGUGACAGCGUCAAUGAGCAGGAACGCGACUACAGGGAUCCGAGGAAAGGCCGCUAGGAUGGUGCUGCACUCCUGGCCCUCUGUGCUCUACCUGAUGCUGUGUGCACUGGCCGUGAGCGGGGCGAGAGCCAGCCCAGAGACCCUGUGCGGGGCCGAGCUCGUGGAUGCUCUGCAGUUCGUCUGUGGCGAACGAGGAUUCUACUUCAACAAACCCACGGGCUACAGGUCGAAUGUGCGGAGGCCACACCGAGGGAUCGUGGACGAGUGCUGCUUCCAGAGCUGUGACCUCAAGCUGCUGGAGAUGUACUGUGCAAAGCCCCAACGACCAGACAGUUCCCUCCGCAUCCAGAGGCACACAGAGAAAGGACAGAGGGAGAACAUUUGGAGGAACCCCAGCCGAGCGAAUGCCAGUGCCGUCAACAGGAAUUAUCGAAUCUGAGCUGGGAGGGCCACGUGCCCGGGGCUGCUGGAGGUGGAUUGGUUCAGUGGGCUCGGUGUAAAUGUCACCAAUGAUUGGAGUCGCCGUCUGGUUACUAGUUAUGAAAGGAUACUGAUCGACACCAGAACUCUCUCAGUCGAGCCGUGCAAGUUCUACCAAGUAAUCGCCGUUCCUGGACAACUGUUUCCUGGGGCAAAGUGUAGGACUGGACAAACAAUGCCUUUGUGUUCCUAAUAGAGUUCCCAGCAGUUUCUCGUUCAUGGCCGGUGCCCGGACUGUUACCGUACCCACCUUGCACAAGGUGGUAACGAUGUGGACUUCAUUUUAACCCGUGCCCUUUUAUUGCGACAGCUUUUCUUUUUAACAUUAUCUAUGGAUUGGACUCGAGACACUUGGCACUGCAAACCAAUUUUUAUGUAAGCUGCAACUUUGAAAAGCAUUCAUUUCCAGUUAGGAGUACAGUUGAUAAAGAAAUGACUACUUUUGAUCUCUGCUUUAGAGGGGGGGGAGGUGAUAGAAUGGGAUGAGGUAUAAUU